AUGGCUCAAACAGCGGGCGUAAAGCCCAUGACCAUAACCGGACGGGUUGCUUCUGAAAGGGAAAGAUGCAUUGGCAUGACUGAUGUCGAAAGGGCCUGGCGAAAGCAAUGGCUUCAAGAUCAGAUCUUAUCCUCAAACGAGCCAGUACAUGUAGAAGAAUAUUGGAGAGAACGUACCAACCCCAUUCGUAGAUUUUACCGCAAACCUUUAGAUGUCAUAUUUACAAGUCUCACUCCUGUAUUGGGAGCAAGUCGAGCUGCUGAUUACCGUUACAUUGCUGGGAAACUCGGCUUGAUGGCUGUAGGUGCUCUAUGUAUCCAUUACUAUUUCAAAUACAACGGCAAUAAUUGGACUAAGAAGGGAGGUUGGCGUACAGUGAGAACUAAGCCAAUGGUAUUGCCGGGACAACCUGGCUUUCCAUUUAAAUCGGAUCGCACUAAGGAUUCUGACUAUGCUGACAGAGGUUUCAGCCAAUCGCCUCUUCAUGCUAAGUAA